AUGAUCAAAUCAUCACUUCUAGUCAGCCUUCUGACUCUAUUUCAUCUUGAUCAAACAACUGCGGCGGAUGUCGGCGCAAACUUCGAUACCAAGGACAUACGAGCCUUUGAGCACGACUUUGGCUCAUAUCCUUACAAGACCUUCCAAUCUUCUGACCUGAUGUCGCCAGUCCUUCGUCGACCGAAUGACUCACCACAGUGUCAUGACGAUAACUAUAUCUUCUUAUCGCCAAGGGGAUACCAGGCGCCACAUCCAGCAGUCACGAUCAUGGACAAUGACGGUGAACUGGUUUGGGAGCAUUAUGUCGCUGGCCAAGGUUAUAAUCUCAAAGUCCAGGAGUUGAAAGGAGAGCAAGUUCUCACGUUCUGGGUCGGGGACGAUAGCAUUGGCGGGCAUGGCGAGGGAGACUAUUAUGUGGUUUGUUCUUGCGCUUUCCCCCGAGUCUACGUGAUUCCUGACAAGAGAAACACANNGUACAAUUCCAGAUACGAGGAGAUUGCAAAGAUCUCGGCGAUGAACGGGUUACGCGCUGAUUUGCACGAGUUGGUCAUCACGCCACAAGGCACUGCUAUCAUGACUGUUUAUGAGGUCCAUCCCAUCACACUUUCCGGCUUCGUGGACGACACAGAUGUCAUCUGGGUCUGGGAUUGCCUCUUCCAAGAGAUAGAUCUAACGACCAACGAGCUGGUCUUCCAAUGGCGUGCUUCCGAACACCACAGUCUGAAGGAGACAUUCCGCGAGAUUCGCGAUGAGGGAAGAGAAGCAUCUCGUCCUUGGGAUUGGUACCACAUGAACAGCAUCGAAAAGGACGAAUUCGGCAACUACCUUGUUUCGGCGAGAUACACGCAUACCAUUACCUACAUCGACGGGAGAACUGGCGCCAUCAUCUGGAUACUGGGAGGCAAGCGCAAUGCCUUUGACGAUCUGAGCGAAGGCCAGAGUGAAGCCACAAACAUCGCAUAUCAACACUUCGCUCGGUUCCACAACCUGACCGAAUUCCCCGUCUUGUUGGCAAAAGAGAUCGGCUUACAUCCGACAAAAGACAUGGAUGGAGUGACCAAGAUGCUGGUCUCUGCUUUCGACAACGGCGCCGAUAAUGAAGGGACCGGACACCGACCCUCACGAGGCGUGCUCAUCGAAAUCACGUACCCAACCACACAUCCCUCCGCCUCGGAAAGCAACUACACAGCAAAACUAAUCCGAGAAUACGUGCACCCCACCCAAUUCAUCUCCUCAAGCCAAGGCAGCAUGCAAGUCAUCGCCACGAACGCAACUUCCGAUCCACGGAUCCUCCUGGGAUACGGCUACGUAGGGGUACACACCGAAUUCACCGCCGACGGCGCAGUGCUCUGCGACAACCGCUUUUCCGCAAUGUCGUCUUGGGGCACUGGCGACGUGCAAUCCUACCGCGUACUCAAGGCCCCCUGGAAAGGCGAGCCCAGCUGGCCACCAGCAGUCGCUCUGGGACAAGGCAAGCAACCCUCUGCAUUCGCGAGCUGGAACGGCGCCACAGAGGUCGCAGCGUGGAAGCUGCAGCAAGCAAGUGAGAGCACAUGCAGCGAUGAGAACUGGGAAGAUGUUUCUACAACCAUAAAGCAAGGCUUUGAGACCGAGUUGAAGAUUGAGGACUGCGAUUUGCGAUUCUUGCGCAUUGUUGCGCUGGAUAUUGACAACAACAUUCUCGGCAUCAGCGAAGCUCUUGAUCUCGGGUUGACUGUGAACAUUGAUGGUGUCUUUGAUGGACUAGAAAUACAUGCAACCAGCUCUUUACAGUUGAUGAUGGUCUCUGUGGCGGCCCUGGCACUUUUCGUCAUCGGCUAUGAGGGUUACCGACAGUUCAAGAGCUGGCGAGAGAUCAAGGUAUUAGGCUACGAGCAGGUGUAG